AUGGGCAGAGCACCAUUGACCCCCAAGAUUGCCAGCAAGGCACAACACCAUCACCAGCAGCCGCCCCUCGUCACACCUCUCGCCCGCCGAAAAACAGACCUCGGCCAUGGGUCCGCCGCCUCAGGGGCAAGUGGGGGCCCUGGUGGUGGUGGUGGUGGAGGUGGUGUCAAGGACGACAUCACGAGCCCCGUGUCGGCAUUCCUGAGCCACAACAUCACGCCACGGUCGGGGAGCAGGCAGACCCGCGUCGACAGCGCCAGCAGCACGCCGACCGGCACGCCGAAUCCAGAACGAAACAGCGACUGGGAUACUCGGUCGGCCUUUGCGUCCGUCUUUGACGGCGACAUGAACAGGAAGCACGUCGUGACAUUCAGCCCGCCAUCUGAUCUUGGCAGCAGGAAUGAUCCCUCCGACUCCAAGUUCUUCUACGCCAGUGAUGCAAAGCCUUCCUCUCAACCCUCUCUCCUCAAGACGCAGCAGCAACAGCAGCAGCAACAGCAGCAGCAACAACCCAUCAAGACGCCGACUUUUAUUUAUGCAAAUGGCAGCGCCAUCGAGAGGAAUCGGCCCACGUCGCCCAGCGUCGUCCCAGGCUUCACACCAGUGUUGGCACCGACGCAGGAGGCACAGGCAAGCAAGUUCUUCUACGCCAACGGCGCUCCAGACUUUCAACCCGCCUACCGACCGGCUUCCGCCGCCGGCUCAACCGUAUCAUCGAGCUCCAAAAUGAACGCCCCCAGAGCAGCACCGACAAUCGCGACCGGUGGCUUUGCUGCUACGAGCCGGCCCACGUCACCCAACAAACAAACCCAACCGAUCCCACCGCCCUUGGCGAGGACGGCCACGUUAUCGCCACAACCAGCGAGUCGGCCGCAGAUGGCCAGCCCGCCGACGCUCGCCGCACAGCCAGCUGCGAAACGAAGGGUCAGCAUCGAAGUCCCACCGCAGCAUGGCUCUCAUUCUAGAAACGGCAGCGUCAGCUCGGGCGACGCCAUCAUCAUGUCGAGGUUCAUGGCCUCGCACCCCUCUUCCGAGCUCUCUUCCCCGACCUCUGCGCCCAACAACCCCGCCGUGACCAUGGCCUCUAUUAUACAAGCUGCCGAGGACCUUACCGAGUCGGAUGAUUCCAAAGGUCAUGGUGAGCUCCAGAGCCCAACAAAGUCGACGCACUCGAGUGACCCUCUCAACGAUCUCGUUGCCCAUGCCCGCCGGGAACGAAAGGUGCAAGACCUGGAGAUUACCAAUGCAUCUCUCGAGGCCAUCAACAGAUCAUUAGAGCGUCAACUACGUAAACAGACUGCCGAGCUAAGACGGUACCGCAGACUGUCGCGAUCCGGCCGCCUGUCCCUGACAUCUAUGGCUUCUAGCCGCGUUCCAUCCGACUCGACGGUGGGCACGGCGGUCGGGAUGGAAGGUGGUCUCGAGCUAUCCGACCUCAGCGAGGAUGAAGGCGAGGACGAAGAAGAGGAGGAUGACGAUCUCGGGUCGCUGUAUGACACGGACCCCUCCGAUAGCGAAUCCAUCUCCAGCCCAGGCCUCAAAGCCGCUGACCGCCGCCGCAAGCGGGAUGAGCGGCGCCUCCAGCUCGACCUAACGAAGCACCGGGAACUCCUCGUUGACAGCCAAAAGAUCAACCAGAGCAUCAAGCGCUGCCUCAACUGGACCGAGGAGCUCAUCAAGGACGGCAAGAAGGCACUCGAGUACAAGGUGCGCGCGAGUGACGUGGAGCUGGCGCCAAGGGUCCUGGCACCGCAGUACGAAGACGACCCAGAUGUGCUAAAGUCUGGGGACGUCGGGGACGACGACGGCGACAUUACUCUGUCAGACUCCAUCUUGGAUGAAGUGCCACCUACGACUGCUACCCUCAAGGGAGCGAACCUCGCGCCGCCAUGGAGUGGCGAUCCGCAAAUAAGAGACAGCGGCAUUGAGCUACCCACUGACGAGGGGUAGACUUUGUCAGCUGCUCGACUGCCAUCCACCUUCCACUAUAAACUCUUCGCACAUACACCUUGUAAUUUCCACGACCUUUCCCGUCAUCGACCCGGCGUCGCGGCGCCACAUCACUCACCACUCACACACACACUCACGGACCACGGCUUUUCCUUUUUCCACAACACAGCAUUGCAUCGCGAGGGAGGGCACGGCAAAGACCGUAUGCCCGGGGCGUUUUUGUUUCCAUCUUUUAGCAGGCGGGGGCUUAGCUCCGGUUGACAUUACACCUGCGCCCAUUAUUCUACACUGCUCCCCCACCAAGCCCAAACGUCACGCAUCUCUGCGGACAAGACGAGUUCGUACACUCGGAGGGAGUGUGCUAUCACCCGUAUUUCGGACUACCUGCAUCGGGACUCCUCCACCUCGUGUCAUCUGGCUCUGCUUUCUUUUGUCGUUUUUUUUUGUGUGUCUGUCUUGUUGCUGCUGCCUCGCGAAUGGAUAUUUCAUGUACCCAUUAGAUACCCCAGGAUCACAUAAAGAAUGGAGGAACAAGGCGAGCCUGACGGGCUCUGUCUGGGAGAUGCUAGCUAGUCAGCCAGCCGAGGCGAAGACGAAUUAUUCAAGAUGCUGCCGUUUCGUGA